AUGCGCAGUACGGUCGAGCGUCUCGACAAGCCGUCUUCCUAUGCCAUGAGCAAGUACAAGAAACGUAAGCGCAACCCGGCCGAUGAACCCACCGAUGGCUCCGCUCGCGCAGCGUCUCCCGACCUCGAAGAAAAGCUCCAAAACGCGACCACCCUCUACGUCGGCAAUCUCUCCUUCUACACCACCGAAGAACAAAUCCACUCCCUCUUCAGCACCUGCGGAGAGAUCAAACGUCUAGUCAUGGGUCUCGAUCGCUUCGCAAAGACACCGUGUGGAUUCUGUUUCGUAGAAUACUACACGCACGAAGACGCGCUGGAUUGUCUCAAGUAUGUGGGAGGGACGAAAUUAGACGAGAGAAUUAUUCGAACGGACCUGGACGAGGGAUUUUCCGAGGGCAGACAGUAUGGGCGAGGGAGAAGUGGGGGUCAAGUGAGAGAUGAGUAUCGUGAGGAAUAUGAUCCUGGAAGGGGUGGCUUUGGAAAACAACAGAUUGGGGAUAAGCAGUAUGGAGACGAGUAUGAUCAGGGGAGAUGA